UAUAUAUAUAUGUAACACUGGUUAUUUUUUAACUAGGGGGGCAAAGACUUUUUCACACAGGGCAGUGUAGGUUUGGAUUUUGUUCUCUCCCUAAAUAAUAAAAACCAUCAUUUCAAAACUGCAUUUUGUGUUUACUUGUGUUAUCUUUGACUAAUUGUUAAAUGUGUUUGAUGAUCAGAAACAUUUUGUGUGACAAACAUGCAAAAGAAUAAGAAAUCAGGAAGGGGGCAAAUAGUUUUUCACACCACUGUUUAUAUGAGGGAUGCACAGAUAUGAGUUUUUUGGGCUGAUACCCAAGUCCGAUAUUAAUAUCAGAGUUAUGGGCGAUAACCAAUAUUUGCCAAGACCGAUUUAUGCUUCAGAAAUCAGCUAAUUUGUAUAGACUGACAUUAUGCAAGCUGAAUUUUUGAAUAUUUUGCUUUAUUUCUAUUAAGUGGAAUUUGCACCAUAUUGUAUACACACACAUUUACACUUCUGAGAUGAUUACUAUCAUUGUCACAGGACUGAACAAUGACACUUCAACCCCCCCACCACCACCACCCCCCAAUAAAAAACAUACCGGCACACAAAUGGAAACAAGAUGAAAGAAAUACUGGUUGUUUAUGUCGUCCCAGUUUUACUUAUCAGACCGAUGCUGCACUGCACCAGGUGUCUGUAUUUUCUGUUUCACAAGCUCCACGUGUGCUCAACGUCGGGUUUUUUAUUUUAUUUUUUUUCUAGCACACACACAUUCACACCCACCUUAAUCUCCCACCUGACAGUCCCCAUUCCACCCUCAAACGCUGCUCUCGUUGGCGGGUGAAGACGCCUGACAUUUAGUCCACCAGGAUCCUCUCUGCUGCUCCCAAUCAUGGGCUCCUCUCUCUACCUCCUGGCUUUGAGUAUUCUGCUUUCUUUCUGCACAGCUGAGUGGUGUUACCGGAAGCAGAACCGUGAUGACUCGUGUAAAGACCCAAGCCGCUGGGCAGUACAGUUCCCCAGAUGUGGAGGGUUACGCCAGUCCCCCAUUAACAUCAUCACACAGAAAGUGCAGGUCGAAAGAUCGCUGCCUCUCUUCGACUUCUUUGGACACACAGAGACCGUCAACAUCACUGUGAAAAAUAAAGGACAUUCUGCUCACUUCAUCCUGCCGCAGUCGGUGUCUCUGGCUGGAGGAGGUCUGUCGGGUCACUACAGAGCUGCACAGUUUCACUUCCACUGGGGGGGGAGUGGCAGACCAGGAUCAGAGCACACCAUCGAUGGAGAGAGGUUUCCUAUGGAGCUGCACAUUGUCCACAUCAAGGAGCCGUACGACUCUCUGGCAGAAGCAGAACAUGAUACAGCUGGCAUCGCUCUGCUCGCCUUCCUGUUUGAGGAAACGACAGAUGAUCAUCCUCAUUUGGACACAAUAAUAGCUGCUCUGGGCCGAGUGCCAAACAAUGGCAGCAGCACGGUGAUCCUCGACUUCAGGCUCAGGGACAUCAUCCCAGCAGCUAGAGACCUUCACAGUUACUACCGCUACGUGGGCUCCAUGACAACUCCAGGAUGUGAGCAGGCUGUUGCCUGGACCGUGUUUCACACGAUGCUGUCCAUCAGUAGUCAACAGCUCAGUGCAAUAGUUGAACAGUGUCGAUUUUGGACAGGACAGCCCAUGAGGGACCUCUACAGACCUACUCAGCCUCUGGAUGGCAGAGUUGUGUACAGCUCAAAGUCCGCCACAGCUCAGAAGAGGGCCAAUCACGUGUGGCUCGGUGCUCUCUCAGUGCUGCUCAUGGCCAUGCAAUGCAGUUAAUGCACUGCAUGAGGAGGAUUUCCGUGUGCAGUUGGCGUGUCAUUGUAAAAACGCGAGAAUUAGAGAAGAAAAAAACAAAUAGGUGAUUUUUAUAAAGUUACAUUGUGGAAAAAAUGACAUGCUGCCAUUGCUGCUCACUCAUCAGUAUGAGAGAGUUGUAUUAGUGAUUAGAGAAGCUUAACCUGGUGUCAGAAAGUCUUCAGGCACUUAUUUUACUUAACAAUUCUACUUAAACAAAACCAAAUAAUCAAAGAAACACAUUACCAGAAUCAACAUCUGCAGCAUUUAUACCCAUCUGGUGUCCCAGGUAUCCUUGGUGUCAUCUACACAAAUCCCCUUCAUUAUAUACAAACAGAUGCAGAUUAGAGGUUAUGUUGUUGCCUAAAAAUGCUAAUAAAAGGAUUACAUAAGAAUUUCACAGUUAAAUAAUCACAAAACACGUCUCAGUCAUGUUGGAAAGAAAGUGACAAAGUAACACACUUCCUCAGCCGGCCGGGGGGUUGCCAGUUAUUCUCCUUUUAAAAAGGCCAAAGAAGGAUGUAGUCUUUGUUUUCAAUCUGUCCCACCUCCACACUUCCUGGUUCCAGAGCCAAUUAUAUGUAAGCCUGCAACGUUUCCAAGGCCCAGUCCCAACACUAGCACUUCCACACUUGCGCCCUUCAAUUGCGUGAUCCCGGCUAGGGGUGCGAGUGUGUAGGGUGUCCCGAUUCAUAAGUGCGGAAGUUGUUCACGUCCUUUUUGCACCUUUGAUCCGCACUUCACCCAAGUCUGCAUCGAUGUGGACUUGGGUUCAAGUGUAUUACCCACAAUCCAUUGCUGCAGGAGAAAAGGCUCGAGUGCCUUUGCUGAAAGUAUCUAUUUUCAAAUGACAGUAGUUUAUUUUAGGAUGAUUAAUUGAUGCUAUAGAGCUCCGGACGUCACGUGACUCUCAGAGCGUAGAUGCCUGGACGUA